CGGCUGGGUGAACAGUAAAAACUGACGUAUUGUCCUAAACAUGAACAGUAGUAGCAGAGGUAUAUCUAGAAAUUGUGUCUGCUGAAAGAAAAAUCCUUGAGUUGUCAGCAGCUGUCACCCUGCACCUGCACCAGUUGGGCGAACAGUCUCAGUAGGCGUAAAGAACAUCAGGAUAUUUCAAUUAUGGACAAGAAUCCUGGUUCCCUGACUCCAGAGGGGAUUCUGAGAGAGAUUCAGAUCAAUUUAUUGGAGUGUAAAGUCUGCUUCGAGAAGUUCAGCACUCAGCAGAGGCAGCACAGACCACAGAACCUUUCCUGUGGCCAUGUACUCUGUCUGGAAUGCAUCACCGCUCUAUCCCACCCUCUCCUGAGGAAGCUGGAGUGCCCGUUCUGUCGACAGCUGUGCAGCGUUGACAGCACAUCCCACUGCCAGGUUCUUAGUGACCUGCAGGAGCUGCUGUUGUCUUGGAGUCCCACAUCAUCUACUCCUACUCACAGGGCAAAGGGAGGCCUUGGCUUGGCUGCAGGUCUGACAUCCACAGCUUUGCACCUUGACAAAACCUUUGGCGGGUGGGGGACUCUCGUCAACCCCACUGGGAUAGCCGUUUUGGGGUGUUCAGGGACAAUAGUGGUGGUGCACGAUGGAGAGAAGAGGGUUGUGGUGUUCAGUCCACAGGGCAAGAAGCUGCACAGUUUUGGGCGAAGAGGACUAGCCAGUGGAGAGAUCUGUUACCCAUUGGAUGUGGCGGUGACUCUCUGUGGUUACGUGGUGGUGACUGAUGCAGGGGAUAAAGCUGUAAAGGUUUUUACAUCCAGGGGGAACCAUGUAGUGACGGUAAAAGAAUCCUUCCAGAUGCCCUGGGGUGUGGAUACAGACAGCUGUGGCCACAUCCUGGUCUCAGACGUCCAGGCCGGCACGCUGUCCCAGGUCAAAGUGGACUAUACUCAUGGUCUCAUUCUGGAGCAUCAAACAGCCUUUUCAGGCCUCCAGCAUCCAAAAGCGGUGGCCUGCUGUCACGUGACUGGGAACACUGCAGUGAUGGAGCAUCUACCUGGUGACUCAUAUCCACCAGGGAGGCACCAACACACAAGACUGAGAGUGCUAACAAAAGACUUCCACCUACUUUGUCAGACAGACAGUUUUAGCCUGACCCUGCAGUCCACAGUGAGGCUGAACAUGUCAGGCGUGGCCUUUGACAGAGAUGGAGAUGUGAUUGUGAUUGACUCCAAUCAGGGAAUGAUUUGGAGUUUGGGGAAGCUCCAGAAUGGCCCAGCCCUGACUCCUCUUGUCGGAGACCACCUUAUCCGUCCAGUUGGACUGGUGUCACUGAACAACACGGUGGUCAUUCUGGACAGUGGAAACCAUACAGUGAAGAUUUAUUCUGCUAAAUCUGUAGCUAGAACCAUGAUAUAGCUCAUGUUUGAACAGGCCUAGAUGUGAAAUGUAGAUUAUCAUAUUAUUAUGAUGAAUAUUAUGAGAUUACUAUUUAUAAAUAUAAGUUAAAUUUUGUUGUAUGAGGCAAUGUUUUUAGAGAGACCAUCAGUCAUACAAUCUUAUGUUUUUGUCCUGUUAUUGUCCCAGCUUUUAAAA